AUUGUGAAUUCAAAAAGAAGAAGAAAGUUUAUUGAUUUGCUGUCUUCGCAGUGAAUGCUGUUGCAUACACUUAGGCGUAACUAAUCAACAUUCAUCCAGAGAACAUACAACAAUAAGAAGUUCUGUGAACACACCUUUCGAAUAAUUUGUUUUCAUAAAAAGACCACUACAACAAUUAUUGUAUUAUUAAAUUGAACAAUUUUAAAAGUGUUUUAGAAAAUUUUUAUAAGAUAAGAACAUUUUCAUUAAUAACCAAAGUAUACUCAUAAAAAUAUGUCGCAUUACCAAAGCGUACCUGACACAGGAGACGAUUUGGACAACGAAUCCGUGGAAGUGUUGCGUGCACGGCUAAACGACAUGAAGCGAUUGAUGAGUGAACGCACUGCCCAAAUACAACAGAAUCCGGCCACUACGGAGCAAAUAUGGAGCACUAAACGACAAACCGCGACAGGAAUUAUCGAUGGCAAUUUCCUAAGCGUUGCUUUUGGAGGCGCUCUAUUGGUUAUCGUUUCGGUUUCAGUAUACGCAUUUUACAAUUUAUAUCACGCAAUAUUAAAGAAAUUCCCCUCACAUCAUGAAGAAUUGUAGAAAGUUAAAUGUAAUUUAGCGUUACGAGAAAAGACGGUAUACACACACAUGCAUAGUUCAUAGUUGCUCAUACAACACACGCACAUGUAUUCUUAUGUCAUAUGAAAAUAUGAUAUCUGUGGUGUGUUCAAGUUAUACUGAAGUUUAUGGGUUACGUACAUAUAUGUUAAACUAACAGAUUUUAUAUAUGUUUGCGAAAAAAUAUUGUAUCACAUCAUUUUAUUAAAAUCAUUUAUAUAUUAAUUAAAUUUGAAAUAA